UUACAACGCAACCCUCAUCACAUGAUUCUCGUGUUCUUUCUUUUUUCAAAACUCACGUGGGAAGGUGGAAAGAAGGAUCUUCCGGGGCAGAAUGCUACAAAGGAUAGUGAACUCCUUGCGACUGGGAUGCCAUGUCCUCUCUGUGGCUCGGAGCCUCCACCUGUCUCCCUGGAGUCACAUCCCUCUCAUCCCCAUUGUAGUGGAGCAAACGGGCCGUGGUGAGCGAGCCUAUGACAUCUACUCUCGUCUUCUGAGAGAGCGCAUUGUAUGUGUGAUGGGCCCGAUUGAUGACAGUGUUGCAAGCUUGGUUAUUGCACAACUACUUUUCUUACAGUCAGAAAGCAACAAGAAGCCCAUCCACAUGUACAUUAACAGCCCAGGUGGUGCAGUGACAUCAGGACUGGCUAUUUAUGACACCAUGCAGUAUAUCUUGAACCCCAUUUGCACCUGGUGUGUGGGGCAGGCAGCCAGCAUGGGCUCCCUGCUUUUGGCGGCAGGUUCACCAGGCAUGCGCCAUUCCCUGCCCAACUCCCGCAUCAUGAUCCACCAGCCCUCAGGUGGGGCACGGGGCCAGGCUACAGACAUUGCCAUCCAGGCUGAGGAGAUUCUCAAGCUGAAAAAACAGAUCAAUGCCCUGUACUCCAAACACACCAAGCAAUCCCUGGAUGUGAUCGAGGCUGCCAUGGAGAGAGAUCGUUACAUGAGCCCAGUAGAAGCCCAGGAAUUUGGCAUCUUGGACAAGGUGCUUGUCCAUCCUCCACACAAUGGAGAAGAUGAACCAGAGCUUGUUCAUAAACAGGCUCCCCCUGCAUCUGCUCCCUCCUCUUCCUCUGCUGAACCCUGAUUGAUUGGAUGCUUGUCGUGUCAGGAAUUAUUUCUGCAAUGCCAACACCCUGAAAUGAGGAUGGUGCUGCCCCCACAGGCUGGUUGGUCAGAGUCUUUGGAAUUGUCUAGGGAUGCCACUCAUAGAGGCCCUUCUCUUAAUGUGUAUCCCACCAGCUGUGUUUACAGGAGCCAGUCUCUUUGCCAUUGGCUCUUUGGUAUCUGAUCUGACCCAGUAGCACUGUUUCCUGCUCACUCCUCCAGUUACACCAUUGUUUAAGAGAGUGAUGGUUUUAAAAUAAACUUUGACCUCAGUGA